AUGGCCGAAAUCGAUCAUCGUAUGGGCAUUGUCAAGCCCAGACUGCGAUACAACACAAUUGGAGGUAUCAAUGGGCCUCUGGUCAUCCUGGAUAAUGUCAAAUUUCCCCGAUACAACGAGAUUGUCAGUUUGACGCUGCCUGAUGGGACGGAACGGUCUGGUCAAGUUCUGGAAGCAAGAGGAAACAGAGCUGUGGUUCAGGUGUUUGAGGGCACAACAGGCAUUGAUGUGAAGAAGACAAAAGUUGAGUUCACCGGCCACAGUCUGAAGAUUGGUGUCUCCGAGGACAUGCUGGGUCGUAUCUUCGAUGGAUCCGGAAGAGCCAUUGACAAAGGUCCCAAAGUGUUGGCAGAAGAUUACCUGGACAUCAACGGAAGUCCCAUCAACCCAUACUCCAGAGUCUACCCGGAAGAAAUGAUCUCGACAGGUAUUUCUGCCAUCGAUUGUAUGAACUCGGUCGCUAGAGGACAGAAAAUUCCAAUCUUCUCUGCUGCCGGUCUCCCUCACAACGAAAUUGCAGCUCAAAUCUGUCGGCAAGCUGGCUUGGUCAAUCAACCCACCAAGGAUGUCCAUGACGGUCACGAGGAGAACUUCAGCAUCGUCUUCGCCGCCAUGGGUGUGAACAUGGAAACCGCACGAUUCUUCACCCGCGACUUUGAAGAGAACGGUUCCAUGGAAAGAGUGACGCUGUUCUUGAACUUGGCCAACGAUCCCACCAUCGAACGUAUCAUCACCCCUCGACUAGCCCUCACUACAGCAGAGUACUAUGCUUAUCAACUUGAAAAGCACGUCCUGGUCAUUCUUACCGAUUUGUCGGCAUACUGCGAUGCGUUGCGAGAAGUUUCUGCUGCCCGAGAAGAAGUGCCUGGUCGACGUGGUUACCCCGGUUACAUGUACACGGAUUUGUCUACCAUCUACGAGCGAGCCGGUCGUGUCGAGGGACGAAACGGAUCUAUUACUCAAAUUCCCAUCUUGACCAUGCCGAACGACGACAUUACGCAUCCCAUCCCCGAUUUGACCGGGUAUAUUACGGAAGGACAGAUUUUCGUCGACCGUCAAUUGCACAACAAAGGUGUAUAUCCCCCUAUCAACGUGUUGCCAUCCCUUUCUCGACUCAUGAAAUCGGCCAUUGGUGAGGGUUUGACGAGAAAGGAUCAUGGCGAUGUUUCGAACCAACUGUAUGCCAAGUACGCCAUUGGACGUGAUGCUGCUGCGAUGAAAGCAGUGGUUGGUGAAGAGGCCUUGAGCUCGGAGGAUAAGUUGUCGCUUGAGUUCUUGGAGAAAUUCGAGAGGCAGUUUAUCUCCCAGAGUCCAUAUGACAAGCGAAACAUCUUCGACACUUUGGAUCUUGGCUGGAACUUGCUUCGCAUUUUCCCCAAGGAGCUGCUCAAUCGGGUCAGCCCCAAGAUUCUUGAAGAGUUCUAUGCAAGGAAAGGCCACAGCAAGAAGGACAAAGGUAACAAAGACACCCGGGAUAAUGCCAAUGGCGAACGACAAGCGAAUGGCGAGCCCAACUUGUUGGACGACUGA